UUGUCAGGAAACGUGUUCAUUUGCUACAUUUAUUUUUCAUAUAUUGAGCAGUUCAUAUCGCUUUCGAGUUUUGAAGAUAAAAAAACAAGAAUAAAUAUUUCAAUAUGCCUAACAAUGCUGAGAGCAAACUUGCGCUAGACCCGUGCGAUGUGAUCGUCUUCGAGGGACCAUUCAGCCGUUCGGUAAGCCGAAAGCUGGUCAUCAAGAACACCAGUAAGACCCAGCGAAUGGCCUUCAAGAUGAAGACCACCACUCCGAAACUGUUUUACGUGCGACCCAACAUCGGAGUUUUGGGGCCCGAGGAGAAGGUCACCGUCGACAUUUUCAUGCAGCCCAUGCUUCAGGAGCAGAUACAGAAGCGUCACAAGUUCCUUCUUCUAGCCGCCGACGCGACAGGUGACAUAACCGAUAUGCAGGAGUUCUGGAAGCUGCAGAGGCCGGAGGAUAUCUGGGACACCAAGAUCCAAUGUGAGCUGGUCCCAUCGAAGGAGGAGUUCCGUCAGGUGGGAGGUUCGGCUAGAUCCUCAAACGACAACAUGGAUGGCGAGGUCCAUUUCGAUGCCCAGGAGGCCAAUGAGCCGGUGGCCAAGUUGCUCAAGCAAGUCGGCUUUCUGGAGAGCGAGCGUCUGACCCUCAAAGACCAGAUCUACAAAUUGCGUGACCAGACUAUUGGAACCAGUCCUGGCCAAGCUAUUAUACGUCGUCCACGCCUAGGACGCUGCACUUUCUUCUACAUGGCCGCUGUUAUCGUCACUACAUUGGCCGCUUUGCUAGGCGCCUUUUAUGGCAAGAAUUUUUUGUGAUUUCCUUAUCAUGGCUGUUUUUAGAACGUGGGCCAGUAAAUUGCACCCAAAUUGUACGAAAAUUUGUUGUCAAUUAAACAGUUUGCCCUAAAUGA